AUCUGCUAAGGUCGAGAUGAAAGGCACAGUGGGUGACGACAAUAAACCAUCGUCCGUGGAGGAGGAGUUCUGUAGCCAGGUUGCUCAAGGAUUUCGCACGCACAUUAAAGAGAUCCAAUCUGAGAAUCGGAGUCCAGAGAUAUAUCUGGUAUCUAACCCAACAAUGGAACAUGGUGCAGUUUUAAACAUUGCCGAUUGUAUUCAAAGGUCAUCUCCGUUCUAAGGUGUGAAACCUAUGAAUUACUUGUGGCGGCCAACGGUGAUGAAAGCACACGCACUCAGGCUAUAGGAACAGGAGAUCCUCUGCUGUAAUUAUGCAAUGUCCGGAAAGAACUUGAAUUGCUACUUGGGAUGAUUGGAAUAUUGAGCGAAUUGUACCAAGCUAUCCAGCGUAAGAGCAUCCUCUCAAUACAGUAACCAUGUCUCC